AUGGUUUCGGAAGAGCAGGAGGAGGAAUACGAAGCUCUAGAAUCCAUUUAUCCCGAAAUCGAGCGCCAUGACGGCGACCUACUUUCAUUUAGCAUCAAGUUAGAAUCUGAAACAGAGGAGAAUCAACUACAGGUUGAACUCCGCCUCCAGUUACCAGAAGAGUACCCCAACGCUGUGCUAGAAUGCGAUGUUCUUGACUUUGAAAACAUCGAUCCAGAAGAUUGCGUUGGCAUCGAAAAGUUUAUCCGCGAAACUUGCCAGGAAGAACUUGGCGAGCAGAUUUGUUUUACUGUCAUCAGCGGUGUUCAGGACUAUCUCAAUGACCUCGUUGAUACCAUGGAAAAACGGAAAAAGGAAGAAGAAGAAAGGAAAAAGCGGGAGGAAGAGGAAGCUGCUCGAAAGAAAUUCGAGGGUACCAGAGUUACAGUCGAAUCUUUCUUGAAAUGGAAGGAAAAGUUUGACGCUGAACUCGAAUCGCUCAAAUCAGCCGAACAGAAAAAGCGGGAGGCAGAAUUAAAAGGGCGAAUGACCGGUAAACAACUCUUCCUUUCAAAGAAAGCAGGAGGCGAUGAAGACGUCAAGCUCGCUAUCGCCAACCAAGUCGAAGUCGACGAGUCCCUUUUCGAGGACUUGGGCGAUCUCGAUCUUGAUGAAGAGCUCGACAUCCCAGACGAGUAA